AUGGGCCAAUCAUCUUCUAUCACGAAUGAUCGGACCAACAGAUUUUUAACCCCAGCGAUAAUCUCACCUGAACCAUCAGAUUUCACCGACGAAAUCGAAGUCGGUCCUCUUAGAGACUACACGGAGGACAUACCAGACGAGUGUUUAGCUUCCAUAUUCCAACUUCUCAACGCCGGUGACCGCAAACGCGCCUCUGUUGUCUGCAAACGAUGGUUACGCGUCGAUGGUCAAAGCCGGUGCAGGCUUUCAUUGAAUGCGGAAUCGGAGAUUAUUUCUUAUAUACCUUCGAUUUUUACUCGGUUCGAUUCGGUUGCUAAACUAUCUCUCCGGUGUGAUCGGAAAUCUGCUAGCUUAAACGAUGAGGCGUUGCUGAUGAUUUCUAUCCGAUGCGAGAAUCUCACACGACUUAAGCUCCGUGGGUGCUGUGGAGUAACAGAGUUAGGUAUAGCUAAUUUUGCUAAAAAUUGUAAGAAGUUAACGAAAUUUUCGUGCUGUUCGUGCAAUUUUGGUGUCAAAGGAAUCAAUUGGAUUUUAAAGUAUGGUACUAAUCUUGAGGAGUUGACUGUUAAUCGGCUUAGAAGUGGCAAUGAUUGGGAUGAUUUGAUCAUUCCGGGCGCGGCCGCUUCGAGUUUAAAAUCGAUUUGUUUGAAGGACUUAGUUGAUGGUCAAUGCUUUGAACCGCUUCUGGUUGAAAGUAAAAAACUAAUGACGUUGAAAGUGAUUCGUUGUUUAGGUGAAUGGGAUAAUGCUCUUGUAAAAAUUGGGAAUGGAAAUGGGUUUUUGACUGAUGUUCAUUUAGAGAGGUUACAAGUGAGUGAUAUUGGACUCUCGGCGAUUUCAAAAUGUGUAAAUAUAGAUAGUUUGCGUAUUGUGAAGAAUCCUGGGUGUUCGGAUUUAGGGCUUGUUUCUGUGGCGGAGAAUUGUAAGAAGUUGAGGAAGCUUCAUAUUGAUGGGUGGAAGAUUAAUCGGAUAGGAGAUGAGGGUUUAAUUGCUGUAGCAAAACAGUGUCCGGAGUUACAAGAGCUUGUUUUGAUUGGUGUCCAUGUUACACAUUUGAGUAUGGCAGCAAUUGCUUCUAAUUGUCAGAGAUUGGAGCGAUUGGCAUUAUGUAGGAGUGGAACUAUCGGUGAUGUGGAGAUUGAGUGCGUUGCAGCGAAAUGUGUGGAAUUAAGGAAGCUUUGUAUCAAGGGGUGUGCUAUUUCUGAUGUUGCAAUUGGAGCACUUGCUUGGGGAUGUCCGAAUUUGGUUAAGGUCAAGGUCAAGAAAUGCACAGGAGUUAGUAGUGAAGUUUUGGAUUGGUUUUUGUUAGAAGAUUUUGGUGGGUUUGGAAUUCAUGUCACUGCAGAAGAUCUUUUGGAAUACUUGGAAAAAGAGAUUGGACCUAUUUUGGCUGCAUUUUCUGACCUUAAAUUUGUUCCUGAUGAUAUCCCUUAUGAUUCUUAUCUUGAAGUUGAUGAUGAAAAUAACAAGCUUUAUGAGCGGAAGGCUUCAGCUUGGUGUCUGGUUUCCUACCAUCCUCAUUGGGUGAAGAAGUCGCUGGAGUUACAAGAUGCAGAUGGUUCUGGUAUUUCGUCCAUGCUGAGCUUUGCUUGGAUUGCAGCUGAUUACCUUGCUCGGAUCAAGAUUCAGCAUAGGGGAACGAAGACGUUUACGCUGCUAAGCCUGACUGGUAGUGCUCUUGAUGCAGAGAUCGGAAGGAUGCGCAGUCAGUGUAUCGGCAAAGGCCAAACCUAA